GCGCAUGCUCGGUUCGCGCGGCCUCGUCCCCGCGGGCUCUCGCGCGCCCGCUGCUCGCUUCCUCUCGCCCGCCCCGCCCUUUCUGGUCACUCGGGGUAGCUGCAGCGUGCGCGCGGCGAUUGGCUGCCUCAGUGGGGGCGCCACAGGCCUGGGCAACUACGCGAGCGGAGUGGGCGCUCAAGGAUCCCGGGGCUCCUCAGUGUCGGCGGCGGAGGCGGCAGCAGCGGCGGCGGCGGUGACCACUGAGCAGUAGUUGCCCAAGAUGUCGAAUAUCAAAAUCUUCAGCGGGAGUUCCCACCAGGACUUAUCCCAGAAAAUAGCCGACCGUCUAGGCCUGGAGCUAGGCAAGGUGGUGACUAAGAAGUUCAGCAACCAGGAGACCUGCGUGGAAAUUGGGGAAAGCGUUCGUGGAGAGGAUGUCUACAUUGUUCAGAGUGGGUGUGGUGAGAUAAAUGACAAUCUAAUGGAGCUUUUGAUCAUGAUUAAUGCUUGCAAGAUCGCUUCAGCCAGCCGGGUUACUGCAGUCAUCCCAUGCUUCCCUUAUGCCCGCCAAGAUAAGAAGGAUAAGAGCCGGGCUCCCAUCUCAGCUAAGCUUGUUGCAAAUAUGCUGUCUGUAGCAGGUGCAGAUCAUAUUAUCACCAUGGAUCUACAUGCAUCUCAAAUUCAGGGUUUCUUUGAUAUCCCAGUGGAUAAUUUAUAUGCAGAGCCAGCUGUCCUAAAGUGGAUACGGGAGAAUAUAUCUGAGUGGAAAAACUGUACUAUUGUUUCACCUGAUGCUGGUGGAGCCAAGAGAGUGACCUCCAUUGCAGACCGAUUGAAUGUGGAUUUUGCUUUGAUUCACAAGGAACGGAAGAAGGCCAAUGAAGUGGACCGCAUGGUGCUAGUAGGAGAUGUGAAGGACCGUGUGGCUAUACUUGUGGAUGACAUGGCUGACACUUGUGGUACAAUCUGUCAUGCUGCUGACAAACUUCUCUCAGCUGGAGCUACCAGAGUUUAUGCUAUUCUGACACACGGAAUCUUUUCUGGCCCUGCCAUUUCUCGCAUCAACAGUGCCUGCUUUGAAGCAGUAGUAGUUACCAAUACCAUACCUCAGGAGGACAAGAUGAAACACUGCUCCAAAAUCCAGGUGAUUGACAUCUCUAUGAUCCUUGCAGAAGCCAUCAGGAGAACCCACAAUGGAGAAUCUGUCUCCUAUCUAUUCAGCCAUGUUCCUUUAUAAUAGAGUAACUUCUGAAGCAUAUAGAAAUCAAACCAACCCCACCCCUUGUUUUUCUUGGUAUUGGUGACUUCAGCAGAAGACCAAGCUUGCUUCAGGAUAGCUUUUUACAUCCCAUGUUAGCUGGAUUAGAAUUUAUCCUAAAUUUGAGAAAAACAGAUUGAUUGCUAUUAACUGCAUUGUUGCAUUCUGGCUUUCUUGUUUAUUUUGUGAGCCUUGAGCUCAGCUGUUGAAAGAUGUGUAGAAAGAUGUUAAGAGACUAUUCCACAAGGUCCUUAGGACGUGAUCGACAAAGCUCAUACUCCAUUGCAUGUGAAUGCUUUAGGGUUUUCUUCAUUCAAAAUAACUAGCAACAAAGCCAGCCCAUGUGUAAUACAUUUUCAGAGGUCUACAGCAAGAACCCUGAGCAUAGUUCAGCUGUUGAGCACCCUUUAAGGCAGGAGCAGGUAGCUCAAUGCAGUAAUUGGUUUUUGGGAGGAAGAAGCCUGACCAUUGCCAACUGUUUAACUCUGUAGCUUGGACUCUAUACCUAUUCCUUUCCAGUUGGCUUUCCCUUUAGCUAUUUUGACCCUUUCCUGGCCUGCACUCAGUGAUUAUUGUAACAAAAUCUUCUGUAAAAUGGACUUGCUUCUUGCUAUGUAACUGCUAGCAUUCACAUUCUUCCUUAGCCUUCUACCACUGAGGUGGUGGGUUUUAGGUGGUGUCAUAGUUCCUUUUGAUUAAUUUAAGUAUUUAACUUUCAUCUUUCUUGGAUCCAUUUGGCCUCUCAAUUGAACAUAUUUCUGCUAAACAAUUUGUAUCAUCUUGUGAAGAAGAAACUUAAUAAACUGUCAUGUGUGCAAAAAAACAGAAAAGAAAGAAGAUUCUGUAAAGUUUGCUUGUUUUGUCACUGUUAGAGUAAUAUCCAAGAAAAACAAAGGUGUUUUUUUUGUUUUUUUUUUUUGACUUCAUUAUUUUGGGCUUCAUUCCUGGAUGGAGAUAAAACCUUAUUUGGAAGACCAUGAUAGUGUCAGCACAGCUGCUAACCUGAAGACAGCAGGGAAGUCUGGGGACAGCGUGAACCCUUCAGAGGCCAACCUGAGUGACCUGUUCCUCAGUUCAAGCCCUUCCUCAAGAUUCAUUCAGCUUUAAAGCCUAUUAUGUGACAACUAAGUCCUUAGUACAUUUGCUUUCAGGGGACAUUUUAGAUUCAAACACAGUACUCUAAAGCCAAGUGGCAGUAAAGUUGCUAGCAAUUUUUAUUCAGAAGCCAUUGCUGUAGGAGAAAAAGAGCAAAUGUAGUCAGGCUCUAUUUCAAAUAAAUCAAGGACAAGGAAAGUUACAGGUUGGGGGCAGGGUCAGAGUCACUGGCUGAAACUAUCCAUGUAAAGGGAAUUUGUGCUUAAAGCCACUGCCAGUCAUGAAGGCAAACCAGGGGUUAUGAGAUUUUCAAGAUGUGAGAGUCUCAAAACUGUUUUUAAGUUACAGCCUUUCACAUUAGGAUCACUUAUUUCUAGGGAGUGGGUUUAAUGCUUUUAUAUACUGUUUUAGAUUUAGUAGUAUUUUUUAUUUUACUUUGUCUUGUCUUGAUUAACGUUUACAUCCUUUCUUCCUACUCUGUUACAUUAUUCUCAGUCAUAUAUCAUUAAAAAUGGUAAUUUGUGGACUGUU